CAAACUGGAGAAAAAAGUCGAAUUUACUUGUUUCUUACGCAAGCAUUAAAAAAAUACACACAUUUUGCUAUAUUUAAAACCACUUCGGAUUCAGACCUUGAGCACUUGAUACGACCUAAGAAAACCUUAACUCGAUUUACUUUCGUGUUAUUGCUUGUAGGUUCGUUCACUGCGUUACAUAUUGUAUUGAACUCUUAAUAAUUAUAGUUAACAGUUUUUAAUACCUAAAUAGUUCAAAGUGCAAGAUAAAGAGGGUUAUUGAUAUCUAAACAUUGCGAUACAAUUUUUGUGAAGUGCUGUGAUUACAUCUUAAAUAUCUAAAACAAGGGAUAAAAACUCGCUAACGCGGUGCGGGAUAGCGCGGGUGAUGUGCGGGUGUGCGGGACGUCUCCACCCCGAUUGUCAUGUCGACCUGUCGCAAACUAGGUGCCAGUAAACGUCAUGGGUCGGCAAAGCUGCAUUGGUGGUAUAUUGGCUUUCUCUCUACUGGCCAGUGCGUUCUGUCUUCCAACAAGUGUUUCAAGAAGUAGGAGACAAUCAUCUGAUUCAUCAAAUGGAGAUUCAACGCCAAAUGCUACCGAUGACAAAGAUGUAAAUAACGAAGUAGACUUUGAUCAGCCUGCACCAGUGCCUUUCAAUGACGAUGAUGAUAACGACGAUGACUUCCCCUCCUACCCGCAAAGCGACUCAUCCGGGGGCGGUGGCAGCAACUUGUUCAGCUUGCUUAGCUUAGUUACAUCUUUUCUUCCAGGAUCAAGCAGUUCAAGUGGGCCAAUACAGAAGUAUUUAAAAGCAAUCGUUAAAAGCAGUAAGCCUAAGAUUAUUAUUCGAAGAAAUGGCGUGAGUAAUAAUGAAAUCGAUAACGAUUAUAUAGCUGACUUAAAACCACCUCCAAUUUUAAAAGAAUUGAAUAAAAGUACUGCUAAUAUUGAAAUAGAAAAUUCCAAAAGCGAAUCGAAUGAAUCUGAUAAUGAUAAUAACACCGAAGAAGAAAGUUUGGAAAACGAUGAAGAAAGAAAUGAGUCAGAUGAGAAUUCUAUUGAUAUCGACGACGAAGAUUAUGAUGAACCACCGGGAGGGGGAGACGGCGAGGGUGGUGGCCUUUUGGGUCUUCUUGCUGGUCUCAGUGGAGGAGAGGACGGACAAUCUGAUUUGGGAUCAUUACUUGCGACAGUAAGCGGAAUUAUUGCAAAUCUGAGCGGUGAUGGUAUCGAUCUUAAUGCUCUGAUUGCAUCUGGAAUUGGCCUCUUUGUUGGAUUAUUGUCCGAAGGUGAAGAAAAUCCAGGUGAAAUAUUAGCAAGCUAUCUGCUUACGUCAUUAGAUACAAUCACAGGUGGAGGCGCGAAAAACAACGGUGCCUUUUUUGGUAAAUUUUUAAGGAAAUUAGUGAAAGGCACAAGUGCUGGAGGUGAUCCUGACGCGGACUCAGAAGAAAAUAACAUGGAAACUAAAGACUCAGCUGGAUUCUUUGCAAGCUUCCUAAUGGGUCUUCUUGGAGACAUGUCGAAAGGCAGUUCAGGGUCCUACCCCAUGAGACGACACGUUCAGAACAAUCUAUUGCAUUGAAUGAUGAAGAUUUAGAAAUACUGCAAAAAAGUGGAUACCAAAUACUCCAAAAAUAAAUAAAAACCUUAUUACGUUUUUUUUAUUAUAGUUUGUAAUUUUUUAUUGAAAAAUAAAUUAUUUGCCUAUUAAAUAAUCAAUUUUGUGAAGGUACAUGCCUGUUUAUUUAUAAUUUUAUUUUAAUCGUAUAUAUUUAUCAUUUCUAAGCCUAUUUCAGAAUUUUUAUUGUCAUC